AUGGCUGCAAAACAUCGCUCAACGGCAUGCUUAUCCAUCCAGGUGGCUUGUGCAGCAGCGGCGCUGGCUUGCAUGGGCAUUCCUGACCUGCGGUGGAAGGCUGUCCUCUUCGUGUACCUGCCCUUCCGAGAUGCAGAAUUCGUGCAGCCUUGGCUGGACAGCUAUUUGGACUUGGAGAUGUGGUGGAAUCCGGAGAACUUCAAAGAAGGAGAAGUUGCAGAGAUGCACGUCGCAGACUACUCCUGGGAGAAGAUGGAGCGCCUGUCGGAGGGAUUCCGCAAGCCCAUCGUGGUCCGGGGCCUUUUGAACGACACCAGAGGCUCCCAGAACUUCCUCACGCCCCAGUGGGUGGAGUCCCACGGAGACUUCGACAUGAUCGAGGCCGUUCCCCGGGACGACUUCAAGUUCGCGUACACCUACCGUGACGUGAAGUUCUCGGAGUACGUGGAGGCCAUCCGCCAAGGGAUCUAUCGCUACACCAACGGCCUGGAUGAGAUGGUGACUCGCUACCCCGACAUCGCGGAGGACAUGGGCCUGGAGCGCAUCGGGGUGCCCCAAGGGUGCAGGGCAUUGGCGCUUUUUAUCAACGGAGGUGGAAAGGGGCUGCAGUGGCACAACGCCAACAACGUGAACCUGGUGGGCAUGUACCGGGGCACCAAGAUCUGGGACGUCCUAGAUGGCAAGUACUCGGUCUUCUUGGGGGUUGAAAUGGUCGUCGAUCCCUUCAGCACUGGCUUUAACUCCUUAAAGGGCAAGAGCACCUGGGAUCGGCUGCCGGUCCGUGAAGUGGCGUUGAACCCCGGCGACGUCUAUGUGAACCCAUCAUGGUAUUGGCACAAAGUGAGGAAUAUCCCGGACCCAGAGACGGGGCUGGUCUUCAUGAACAGCUGCAGGUGGUCGGAUGUCACGGCCAGCCUUCGCGCACAACCUGCACUUGAAUUAUUCCGGCACUUUGGGCAGUACACCUGGGUCCAUCCAAGUUUGCCCACCGUGCUGCGUUGGGUUCCUUUCGCCCGAGUUGUGCAGGACGGCAUCCGCGAGGCAAUGGGCUGGAUGCCCCGCUACGGCGAGCCCGGCUAUGAGGAUGACUGCUACAGCUCCAAGGUGUCAGCGUGCGAGCGCAAGUUCGCAAAGCUUGGCUUGCCAACACGGGCUGAGCGAUGA